CACAUCUUUCGUGUAAUCAAAGAAAAGGGAAUAAAAAUUAAUGGACUUAGAAGACACAUCUUUCCUUUUGUGUGAUGAAGACCACAACUUCCUCAUGGACAACAUCAAUGACAAUUCAUUGAACCAACAACAUCUAAAUUCCAAUGUUGAAAACAUUGAGUAUUUGUUUACACGUGAAACAGAGUUCCAUUCCUUCAAUUAUUGCUCCAAAUCCACCACAUGCCAUGUCCACUUCAACCACACACGUAUUAAUGCCAUUGACACCAUUUUCAAAACACGUGAAAAACUUGGAUUCAAGCUCUCUACAGCUUAUUUGUCAGUGACAUACUUCGAUCAGUUUCUUGUGAAGCAAUCCAUCCAUGAAGACAGACCUAUUCAAGAAUUCUACGUGGCGUGCAUGUCUCUCGCAGCGAAAAUGAUGGAAGAACGUGAUCUGCAGCUUCUAUUCAAAUACACAACAGAAACAGACGAAGAGCAAGGUUUUGCUGAUAAGAAAUCUAUUUGGGAGAUGGAGGUAGAGGUUUUAAGUUCAUUGGAAUGGGAAUUGACAACUGUGACUCCUUUUGAUUUUCUGCAUUACUUUGUUUACUUGUUCUGCCCUGAAUCCCUGCCAGAUCCAUUAAUCUCACAAGCUGUCCAACAUAUUGUGGACAUCCUGAAAGAUGUAAAUUUGAUGGAUCAUAGGCCAUCCGCUAUUGCCUUGGCUGCCAUAUUGACGGUGGCUUUUGAUGGUACAUUAACAAGAGAGAUCAUAGAUCUGCAGAUAGCUGAAAUCUCACAGCAGCUAAAUUUAGAUAUUGAAGGCGUUUUUUCCUGUUACUGUCUAAUGCAGGAAAAAAGUACAGAGAAGGGAAAGUUAAACACCCCUGCCACAACUUUGACUGCCCAAUGGAGCUACACAUCUGUUCUUGACCAUUCCUCUGUUACUUCUUCAAAAGCUAAAAGAAAACUUUGUUAUGACAACAAAGAAAAUUGCCCUAGGAAAAUAUCACAUCGGCGUUAGCUUGCGGAGUUUGUGAUCUAUAUGAAAUAAUUAAUUGGUGUUUUGUAAUGAACCCAACUGUAGGAAAUUGGCGUUUUGUAAUGAACCCAACUGUAGGAAUUUUUUUGACCGUAUUCUUGUUAGUUCAUAGGUCUAAGUGAAUCUCAACUACCACAAAAUAUAAAUGAAAGAGAUAGCUUUAUAAGAUUAAUAAUGGUGAGUACAUGAUUUGUUAGUCAAGUUAGCGCAGAUUAAAUAGAGAUGACAGUGAAGACUACCAAGGAGUCCUUCUAACAGAAAUCGAAGAUCCAUGAAGAAAAAAUAAUUUUGCAGGGAAUAUUUGUCGGGACGAAAAUCAUAUUUGAGUCUACUAGAAAAAACAAUUAUACCACACAAAGUUGAUUUUCUUUUCAUGAAAAAAAAAGUUGAUGUUACAUAUCUUCUUCUCAAUGAAAAAUUCUACAAUACUUGGAAGCGUA